AACGGCCGCGGUUGGACUUCGCAUUUCCUUUCUUUUUCUGCUGCUCUGCUUUGCACCCGUGUGGGGUGGGGUGGGGGUGGUGCCGUCCGUGGUGGUAGACGGUGACGACUUCACUGCCCCGCCCGUCCGUCUGUCCGCGCAUCUGGCUCCCUCCCUCCCUCCCUUCCCUUUUCAGCGCCGCUUCCUCCUCGCCCUGCCUACCCGGCUUCCUUCCCCGCCGUACAACCUUCCGGCAGCUCCCGGCGUCGAGCCGCCGUCGACCGAGAGGUGCAGGGGUUGAUUUUUGGGGCAGGCGCGCGGGGACGCAUCCCUGCCAGGGCCGGCGCCUUCCUGUCGCCGUCGCCGAGCGUUCUUGGCUCCGAUCGCUUGCCGGCUUCGGGCGGGUGCUCGAUAGUGCGGGGCCGCUGGGCUGCUGCGUGUUGAUGUCGAGUGGGGAAAGGGGAAGCGGCUUGAAGUGACACGCGGUGCUGAAAUGUGUCGGGAGUGCUGAAAUUCAGGAAAUCUUGCUUCGAAAUUCAGAGAUGCCAGUGGGAAUGUUGUGACAACUGAUGCAGUGCUGAAGCUUUGGCGAUGGAACGAUGCGACUGCAUCGAGCCGCUGUGGCCGACUGAUGAGCUCCUAAUCAAGUACCAGUACAUCUCCGACUUCUUCAUAGCGCUCGCCUACUUCUCCAUCCCGCUGGAGCUCAUCUACUUCGUGAAGAAGUCGUCCUUCUUCCCGUACAGAUGGGUCCUCAUCCAGUUUGGUGCCUUCAUAGUCCUCUGUGGAGCAACCCACCUCAUAAACCUGUGGACUUUCACCACACACACAAAGACCGUCGCCAUGGUGAUGACGGUUGCCAAGGUUUCGACGGCCGUCGUUUCCUGCGCGACGGCUUUGAUGCUUGUUCACAUCAUCCCUGAUUUGCUGAGUGUCAAAACGAGGGAGCUGUUUCUGAAGAAUAAAGCUGAAGAGCUUGACUGGGAGAUGGGCUUGAUAAGGACGCAGGAAGAGACCGGGAGGCAUGUUAGGAUGCUAACUCAUGAAAUCAGAAGCACGCUCGAUAGACAUACGAUUUUGAAGACUACCAUUGUGGAGCUAGGAAGGACCCUGGGUCUGGAAGAAUGCGCCCUGUGGAUGCCGUCAAGAAGUGGUUCAAGUCUCCAGCUUUCGCAUACCCUGCGCCACCAAAUCACUGUUGGGUCAUCUAUACCAAUUAAUCUUCCUGUUGUCAACCAGGUUUUCAGUAGCAAUCGGGCAAUUAUAAUACCACACACAUCCCCUUUGGCACGGAUUCGGCCUCUUGCGGGACGAUAUGUCCCACCAGAAGUGGCUGCAGUGCGAGUACCUCUUCUAAAUCUUUCAAACUUCCAAAUAAAUGACUGGCCAGAGCUUUCAGCAAAAAGCUAUGCUAUUAUGGUUCUGAUGCUUCCAUCUGAUAGUGCAAGGAACUGGCAUGUGCAUGAGUUGGAGCUUGUUGAGGUCGUCGCCGAUCAGGUAGCAGUUGCACUCUCUCAUGCAGUUAUUCUUGAAGAGUCCAUGCGUGCACGUGAUUUACUAAUGGAGCAAAAUGUUGCUCUGGAUUUAGCUCGACGAGAGGCUGAAAUGGCCAUCCGUGCUCGGAAUGAUUUCCUAGCUGUUAUGAAUCAUGAAAUGCGAACACCAAUGAAUGCAAUCAUAGCUCUUUCAUCCUUGCUCUUGGAAACUGAACUCACCCCUGAGCAGCGUUUAAUGGUGGAAACAGUAUUGAAAAGCAGCAAUCUUCUAGCAACACUUAUCAAUGAUGUGUUGGAUCUUUCCAAACUUGAGGAUCGCAGCCUUGAACUGGAGAUCAGAGCAUUCAAUCUUCAUGCUGUUUUCAAAGAGGUGAUGGGUUUCAUCAGACCAAUUGCAGCUAUCAAGAGGCUGUCUAUGUCGGUUAUGUUAGCGCCAGAUUUACCAUUAUGUGCUAUUGGCGACGAAAAGAGGCUAAUGCAAACUAUCCUAAAUAUCUCCGGUAAUGCUGUUAAGUUCACCAAGGAGGGCCACAUUACACUUCUAGCUUCCGUUCUCAAGCCUGAUUCUUUAAGAGAGUUCAGAACCCCAGAUUUCCAUCCAGCUGCAAGUGAUGACCAUUUCUAUUUGAAGGUUCAGCUAAAGGAUACAGGCUGUGGCAUUAGUCCUCAGGAUCUACCCCAUGUAUUCACAAAAUUUGCUCAAACUCAGCCUGGAGGUAACCAAGGAUACAGUGGUAGUGGCCUUGGCCUUGCCAUUUGCAGGAGGUUUGUUACUCUGAUGGGAGGGCACAUCUGGCUGGACAGUGAAGGAGCUGGAAGAGGCUGCACGGCUACAUUCAUCAUCAGGCUCGGCGUAUCCGACAACACCGACGCAUAUCAGCAGCAGCUGGCCCCUCUUGCCUGGCCAGGCAGUGCAAAUGUCGAAUCUGCCGGUCCGAAGGCGCUUCACGAGGAGACGUGGCCGCCGUCUUCCCUGAAGCCUCGUUACCAGAGAAGUGUAUGAGCUAGUGUAAACUACCGACGGCGCCGCAUCAAGUAGGGAGUCGUAGCUAGUUUUGUUCCCCCUCUAAUUUUGUGCCUAGUGUUGCUGUAGCUGGCAUAUAUUGUACAAAUAAUGUGUAUAGCAAAUGGGACUUCAGAUUGCAGUUAAGUUCCUGGGUGCAGCACCAACUCGCUGCGUUCAGUAGCAUAUGCGGUCAGCCAAUUUGCAUAUUUCGGGUGCGCGUGAGCCCGGUUAUAUCAGAGCGAAGCUACUCUCCGUGGAAACCAUGUGUAAAAGUUUCGAUGAAUUCUAUAGUAUGUAUACAGUGGAGGUGAUAAUC